GCGCCGCUGCAACCGUUGGGAGCAUGGCGGCGGGCGGCGAGGCGCUGGCGCUGCCCGCCGAAUGGCGGCUCUACCUCGUCCCGGCCCGCGCCGCCACCUUCCGCAACUGGCCCUUCACCGAGGGCUGCGCCUGCACGCCGGAGAGGAUGGCGGCGGCGGGGUUCGUGCACUGCCCCAGCGAGAACUGCCCGGACGUGGCCCAGUGCUUCUUCUGCUUCAAGGAGCUGGAGGGCUGGGAGCCCGACGACGACCCCCGGGAGGAACACAGAAAACACUCCGCUGGCUGCGCUUUUCUCUCUCUCCAGAAGGAUCCAGCUAAUCUGACGUUGCAGGAGUUCCUGAAGCUCGACAAAGAACGAACAAAAAAUGCAAUUAAAAAACACAUCUCUCAGAAGGUGACUGAGGUUGAAGAUACAGCCAAGUGCAUGCGUCGUGAAAUAGAGAAUCUUGCCUCCUAGGCAACUCUAGCCUCUCCCUUGCCAGUGGCAUCUAUCUUGCAUAUAGGCCCUGACAUUGCCCCUUUGACUGAAUCAGUGUCUUUCCUGAGAACGCUUCUGUGCUGGCCAUAUCUGUGAGGAGCAGAACAGCUCUGAAUUCUCCUUCAGUUACCUGAUUCUGGCAAGGAAGUAUGUUCUGUUUGACGCACUGCAUGGAUAAUCUUUUUUUCUGCAGGGAUUCUCCUCUUCUCCCUGUUCUUUUAAUUAAGGGUUACCACUUUUUUUUUGGUUUGUUUUUACUUUUCUUAAACUUAGUUGUUACUGUUUGGGCGAUGCUUGUAGCCCCAGUGUAACAAACUGUGUUUCCUGCAAAGGUUGAUAGUCACUUCCAUUCUUCUAUUGAAUAUACCAAUGCUUACUGACAACUUUGGAAAUAAAAAGGGGAAGGGAGGUUCAAGACUCUUUCAGGGAUUUAGGAACAUGGCUGAACAUGGCUAAUAACUCUUAGAAGCUCAUAGCAAAUCUUAGUGUGCCUGUUAAUGUGUACACUUCUAUUUGUAGUUGGCUGCUGCCUCAUGCUGAUGCAUUUAUAAAUAAAAGUUGAAGGCAAAACACUGAA